AUGGUCCGAUGGAGCUACGACGAUCCACCACCGGAGCUGCUCAUCUUCCUCGAGCCACCACCGGAGCUGCUCUUCUUCACCGAUCUACCACUGCAUGCUGGAGGUGGUCUUCUUCAUCGAUCCACCGCUGCAUGCCGUAACUUCUCUUCUUCGCCGAGCUACCACCGCAUACCAGAGCUUCUCUUCUUCACCGAGAAACCACUGGAGCUUCUCUACUUCCUCGAGCCAGCACCGGAUCUACUCCUCUACAUCGAGCCACCACCGCACCGUAGCUUCUCUUCCUCACCGAGACCACCCGAGUUUCUCUUCUUCACCCAGCCACCAGCGGAGCUUCUAUUCCUCAGCGAGCCACCACCGGAGCUUCUCUUCCUCACCGAGCCACCACUGGAGCUACUCCUCUGCAUCGAGCCACCACCGCACCAUAGCUUCUCUUCCUCACCGAGACCACCCGAGUUUCUCUUCUUCACCCAGCCACCAGUGGAGCUUCUAUUCCUCACCGAGCCACCACCGGAGCUUCUCUUCCUCACCGAGCCACCACUGGAGCUACUCCUCUGCAUCGAGCCACCACCGUACCGGUUCUACUCCACUGAAGACCAACAAUUUCCGGAAGGGGUUGGAGUUAUGGUGAACAAGGAGGCGACUCGUUCAUCUUCUUCUCCUCUUUGA